AUGCGAGCACCAGCUUUCUACUUUCAAAAGAAAAGAUUAGGAAAUAAAAAAGCUUCAACUUUUGACAAAAGACUUGUUUCGCUAUUGGACUGCAUUCCCCAUAUCCUUGACGAGCUUGCCGUUAGAGGAUUGGAAGCCAUCCCAAAUGAUCAAGAGAUCAAGAAUGCAAUUUGGGACCUGGACCCUGAUAGUUCUCCAGGCCCAGACGGUUACUCUGGUGCUUUUUUCAGACAUUGUUGGGAGCUAAUUGGUUUUGAUAUUUGCCGUGCUGUCAAGAAUUUUUUCAGCUCUGGAACCCUUCCUAAAGGUAUCAAUAAUAGCUUCUUGGUUCUCAUCCCGAAAAUGGAAGGUGCGACUUCUCUGGACAAGUUUAGGCCGAUUUGCAUGCAAAAUUUUUUCUGUAAAAUUUUGUCCAAGGUUAUGGCUACAAGACUCUCUUCUCUCCUCCCUAAACUCAUUUCAGAAGAGCAAGGCGCCUUUCAGAAAGGCAAGGUUAUUCAGACUAAUAUCAGCCUCGCUUCAGAGUUAGCUAAUCUCAUGUUUGAGAGUUCAAGAGGUGGAGGUAUGGGGAUAAAAAUUGAUAUCCAGAAAGCAUUUGACACUGUAUCUUGGAGCUUUCUUUUCAAGGUCUUGAAAAAGUUUGGCUUCCCUGAUACUUGGAUUGAUUGGUUGCAUCAAAUUCUUCGUACAUCCAGAAUUUCAGUGUUGCUCAAUGGAGGUCCGGUUGGAUUCUUUGGUGUUGAGCGAGGCCUGCGUCAGGGUGACCCCAUCUCCCCUCUUUUAUUUAUCCUUGCCGAGGAGGUCCUGUGUAGGGGAAUCCGCUUUAUGCUUCAAGACAAGAAACUACAAGCCAUCAAGGGUCCUCGUGGUGUCCAAAUGCCAGGUUUUCUCCUCUUUGCAGACGAUAUCUUCUUCUUUUUAAAUGGCUCCAUCAAAUAUGUCAGACAUUUCCAUGACUUCCUUACAAAGUAUCAGCAGUUUUCUGGUCAACAAAUCAAUCUCAACAAAAGUAAACUUUUUCUGGGGAAGAUGUCUCUAGAUAGAAAGCAACUCAUCUCUGAUACCCUUGGAAUCUCCAUCUGCAAGUUCCCUACAAAAUAUCUGGGAGUGGAAAUUUUCAAGGGUAGAGUCACUCGUGAACCUCUCCUCCCGGUAUGGAAUAUAAGACACUCUUCAUCAGCCCUGUCAAGCAUUAUUAAUGCUCGUUUUUUGAAGAAAAAUGGGGAGCUUAAGAAAGGGUAUAAAUCUUCCACCAUUUGGCCAGGCCUUCGAAGAAUGUGGUCUCUUGUCUCUAGCAAAGAGCGAUGGGUGGUGGGUAAUGGGGUUUCCAUAAACUGCUGGAAAGAUAGAUGGGUUGACUCUGAAUCUUUUCAACAAAAGGCAGGUUUGAGAGAGGAGUUAUUUGCAUCUUCCUCCAUGACAGUUGCGGCCUUUAUUGACAAUUAUGAGUGGAACUUCCCCACGGUUUCAUCUUCUCUUCUCCAAGAUUUUUUUCUAGCUGCUUCAACCAUCAAUAUCCCGAGAGGCAACUUAAAAGAUACAUGUAUUUGGACCCUCUCUACCUCUGGUGAAUUCAGUACUUUCUCAGCCUGGAAUGAUAUUCGCCGCCGAAAUCCCAAGGUUCCUUGGCAUGAGCUGGUCUGGAUGAAAGGCCUCUCUCCUCGUCAGUCAACUUUUGGCUGGCGUCUGUGUCACCAGAAGCUUACUACUGAUGAUAUCAUUAUGAAAAAAGGCAUAUCUUUAGCCUCCAAAUGCAUCAUGUGCGGUCUUCAUGCUGAGACUCUGCCCCAUCUCUUCUUAAAUUGUAGUGUUUCUCGAGUCCUUUGGGAAAAUUUCUUGAGCUGUUUUGGUUUUCUUUGGAAGGAUCAAUCCUCCAUUGCUGAUUUGAUAUCCUGGUGGAAACGAAAGCGAAGAAUUUUAUCCGUAAAGGAUCCUUGGGCAGCUAGUUUAAUUAUAGUGACCGACACUAUUUGGCAAGAAAGGAAUCAUCGAUGGCACGGUGGUAAGAGUAGGGAUGCCUCUCUGCUAUUCAUGAAAAUAUUGAGAACGCUCAAGGAGUCUAAUCUCAACUUAAAAGGGGUCAUUCGGACUACUGCUGAUCUUCUUUGCUGCAGGAAACUAGGGUUGCAUGCAGUUCCAGGCGACCCUCCUUCCAUUCUUGAAGUCAUUUGGUGCAAGCCUCCACUCGCCUGCUCAAAGAUAAACAUUGAUGGUAGUUCCAUGGGAAACCCUGGUCGAGCAGGAGGAGGGGGUGUCAUUCGUGAUUCCAAUGGGAAAGUCAUAUUCUCCUUCAAGCAUUUCUUUGGCAUCAGUACGAACUACUAUGCAGAAUUCAUGACUUUUCUUCAUGGUAUCCGCCAUGCUAUGGGUCAAAGGAUUACAAACUUGUGGAUUGAAUCUGACUCUGUGGCAGUAGUCACCGCUGUUCAAGAUUGGAAGGAUGAAAUCUUCAUGGUCCAUCCGGUCAUACGAGCACCAGUCUUCUGUUAG